AAUUUGUAGUUGUUCUCGAAAACACGUUGCAUCACGAGAACUUAAAAUUAGGUCAACUACGAAUUUUGUAUAUUCAAAACGAUUGACAACACAGUCAAUCAUUUUUUUGAAAGAAAUUGUGUGUACGAUAGAAACAAUGUCCUCAUUCUCAAAUGUAGAAAACCUUUCCCCACAAAUCAUUCGCCAAGUAUCGAAAGAAAUCGCUGAUCUAUGUAAUGAUCCUCCAGAGGGCAUCAAGAUAUUUCCAAAUGAAGAAGAUAUAACGGAUAUACAAGCUCAAAUUGAAGGACCCUCUGGAACUCCAUACGCAGGUGGAUUAUUCCGCAUGAAACUUGUUUUAGGAAAGAACUUUCCCUCAGAGCCCCCAAAAGGAUUCUUCACUACAAAAAUAUUUCAUCCAAACGUUGCAAGUAACGGUGAAAUCUGUGUGAAUACAUUGAAAAAAGACUGGAAAGCAGAGUUGGGAAUUAAACAUGUGCUAUUGACCAUUAAGUGUUUAUUAAUUGUACCAAAUCCUGAAUCUGCAUUAAAUGAAGAAGCAGGAAAGCUUUUAUUGGAACAAUAUGAAGAUUACUCCUCAAGAGCAAAGUUAUACACAGAAAUACAUGCCAAACCUCCAAAGAGCUUAAAGGAUACUGCAGGAAUACUGGAGGAGACCAGCAAAAAUGGACAGGACGGACCAAUGGCAAAGAAACAUGCUGGUGAUAAAAAUGUGUUGGACAAAAAGAAAAAGGAAAAGAAGAAGGUGCUGAAGCGGUUAUGACAGAAGACACUAGGGGUGUCCACAUCUCAGAGACUUAAAAUUAUCACCCUCAUCUUCAUUACAGACUCAUUGCAAGGUUGUCAGAAACAGCAAGCCUCAUUUUCAUGUAGUACAUGAUCUGGUUUUCAGAUGUACAACCCUGGAGGGGUAGCAGCAUGCCGGUGAAUAUUACUGUAAUGUACAUAUAUUUAUGGUAUUUAAAGGUGUAAAUGAGCUACCCCCCAGGUGAGUGGAGGAUGAAUUUGUUCCAUACCUGUAGACUAGUCUUUUUCUCUUCUUUUUUCUUUCUAUAUUCUUUUUAAAAUAAGAGUGUUGUCAGCAUCGGUUUUGUUCUUAGUCCUUCUGUUUUCUAAACUUUUUUUAUUCUGACACAUUUGGACCUCAUAUUAUGAGAAUGCUUGAAAGCUGUAUCACAAAAUUGGAAGAAAAAAAGAUGAAAUUUCCUUACUUCUUAAAAAAGAAGAAUGCAUGAAUGUUAUGUUCGAAUGAAGUGCUUAAAGCACCUGAAGUUUCUUCUUGGGAAGAUGCAAGCAAGCUAUUUUCCUUUCCUUCAUUGUGUAUAAAGAAUUUAUUUAUUUUAUGAAAGUUAUCAAUUUUUAUCUUUUAUUCUUUAUUUUACUCUUGCAUGUGCUUUGUGAACAUUUUUUGUGAUAUUUGUCCCAGAAUCAUGUAAUAUAUGAAAAAUAUGUGUCAAAUAAAUGUCUUGAAAAAAGCUU